UCAACAGUCAAUCCUUAAUGGCUAAGAACUAAGAAAUAAAAAGACAUUAUUGUGAGUUCUAUUUAAGUCUCUCUCUUUCUCUAUAGAUCAUUUUGGUUCCAACAGAGAAAUAAUAAUAAUGGUUUUGCUGAAGAUGCACAUCCAGAGAGGAGUAAAUCUUGCGGUUAGAGACAUCGUAACCAGCGACCCUUAUGUUGUUCUCAAAUUGGGCAACCAGAAGCUGAAGACUCGGGUGAUAAAGGGAAACGUGAAUCCUGAGUGGAAUCAGAGUUUUAACAUUUCUGUUUCUGAUUCACAUGUUCCGAUUCAUCUUUGUGUGUAUGACAAAGACACAUUCAGUUUCGAUGACAAGAUGGGAGAUGCAGACAUCGACGUUGCUCCAUUUCUUAAAGCCUCAAAGAUGCAUUUAAAGGGCGUCCCGGAUGGCAUCACACUUUCAAAAGUGCAACCGACCAAGCAAAACUGCCUCACUGAGGAGAGCUGCAUAGUCUGGUCGGGUGGAAGAAUUGUGCAGAACAUGAUUCUCCGACUGCAAAAUGUCGAGUGUGGCGAAGUGGAGCUACAGCUGUCGGCCUGAUGAUCUACGUCUCCAGGGCUUUUAGAUUCCAAGCUCUCUCUCCGUUUCUAUGUUCAUUCAUCCUAUACACACACAUCCCUUUAGUCCCUCUUCUAUGAUUAUUGUGUUGACAAUCUUUUGUUUAUAAGACUCAGAACUAAGCUUUUAUUUAUUUUUUCCCCUUCCCAGUUGUGGACCGGGAUGUGAUUAACAGAGUUGAAAUUGUUGACUCAGUGUGAUUCUUCAACUGUAGUACUACUGUAAUUUGUUGUUAUUGUAUAUUGUAUAGCAAUCCUAUAAAGGCUUUUCUUCUACUUUGUACAAGACUAAAACAUUGUGAAGUUCUUGCUUUCCCCAAAUUGUCCAGUAAAUGAAUUGGGGGUUCUGGUUUA